AUGAUCUUGGUGGAGGGCGAGAAAUACGCCUGCGUGAGGUGUAUUCGAGGACACAGAUCAUCCACAUGCCAGCAUACGCAGAGAACUCUGGUUUUAGUGCGGUCCAAGGGAAGACCCGACAAGAACAACAAGAACAGGGUUGCGAUCACCGCUGCCCAGAUAGAAGAUUCAGCAUCACAUGAUACCAGCACGAGCCGGGUGGAUUCUUGUUGCUCCGGAAAAGUGAAUACUCCCGUUAUUACGCCGAAAACGUCUUGUUGUCACAAGGACAUCUACAUCAAACACGAAGAGGGCUCUUGUUGUAGAGAAAAGAAGUCUCCGAAUCCUUCCGCAGGUGAUUCAAAGGUUGAGGGUCAGAACGUGAUCGUAUUAAAGGCUACACGCAAACAGGUCUUCAAUGCUGCGAAGGGCUCUUUCAGACUGCUGGAUCCGGUGGGAGAGCUGAACCCAAAGACCACUGCUGGAAUUACCAAGUCCCACAAAGGGUGUGCUUGUUGCAAGAAUAGCACCUCUCAGAAUUUGUCUGAGAAAUUCAAGAAUAUGGAUGUUUCCAGCUUUGACGUGAAAAGGUCUUCUUCAUCUCCGAAUAUCAGGCUCAACGAGGAUAGCAAUCAGCUCCAUUCAAUGAGCGAAGGCUUUACCACUCCCGUGAAACUUGAACACUCUUUGAUCUCGGAGAACCGCAACAACAUCACUUCCACAACUUUUGACAUGUAUUUGUGCAAGCCAUGUUCCGUUCCAGGUUCGUGUUUGUGUCAGGAUUCAGAUUGUGCUUGCGAUAACUGCUUUGUACAUAACAAGAGCCCUAAUAGUAUGGCCUCUUCCCUCGGUGCACCUAUCGCAAGCAUUCAGAUGCAGUCAUACAACAACCCGAAUGACGCAGAUUCAUCUUCCUAUCAGCCCUCGGUACAGGGUUUCACGUUACCAGACAGUGAAGAGUGCAGUUGUCAGGAAGACGAGUGUUCUUGCUUCCAAUGCGGAAUUCACGGCAUAAAAGAUGGAAUCCGUGUGAAAGACGGUCUAAAAGUGUGCGAUCCUCCGAGCCCGAGUUGGAAAGACGAGUAUGCCAAUGUUUUUUCAAUGCUCCAGCAAAAAUAUACUCCAAAUUCUACUGAGGCUGUUGACCCGAAUAACAUAUUCGUGCAGCUGGGUCUGGACGAGAUGGAGAACGACUGCUGCUGUCCGGAUGAUGCGUGUGAUUGUUUGACCUGUUUCAAACACGGAAGGUUUGGUGAGCCUGAUAUUCUCAAUUUCACGUCUAAUGAAACUUAUUAA